CACGUGCUUGUCAGUGUUUAAGUGAUUUGUUGUCCCACAGUGUGAACACAGAUGGAUGUGGUGUGAGGAGCCGAAAUAUGUCAUUCUCACUACACCUGUGCUGCCGCCUCCUGGACGGACGCUACUCCUUUGCAGCGACUGUACUAUAAGUGAACGGACAGCUUAUGAGCCCCACUCAAAGCGAGACAACCACACACAAGAAGCGGGAUGGCGAGGAUAUCACUGCUGCACCUUCGCGUCCUUCUCAUGGGGCUCCUAUUAACAGAAACCUUUACAGUCCAAGCAAACAGAGGGGCGACAUCGCCUGACGAAGAGAGGGACAAAGAGAGCGACGCGGAGACGCCAUGUGAGGUGAAAUCGGUUACCGUCUCGACCCUGCCCGUACUCCGGGAGAACGAGUUCAGCUUCACCGGCGGAGCCUCGGGGAACGUGGUCGGAGGAGGGGGUGCUGCUGGAGCAGGUAGUGUUGGUGGAGGAGGAACUGGAGGAGGAACUGGAGGAGGAGGAGGAGCAGGAGGAGGGGGGGAAUCCCGACUCCUGUUAUUCGUUAGGACCGACCUACCUGGGCGAAUUUCCGUAAUGGAUGAUCUUGACAACACAGCUCUCCCCUACUUCACACUCGAGAUGUCGGGUACAGGAGAAGAUAUUUCUCAGGUACACUGGAAGCAGCAGUGGUUGGAAAAUGGGACACUGUACUUUCACGUGUCCCUGACUGAGUCUGAGCUUCUAGCCCAGACAACACAACCCACAGCCCGGGAACCUGCUCAUGUCCUACAUGAACACAUGCAUCUGCUGCACAUCUCAGUUAUGGGAGGCCUCAUCGCCCUCCUCCUCCUAAUUCUCCUCUUCACCCUCGUCCUGUAUACCCGCCACCGAUGGUGCAAGCGUCGCCGUAUCCCCCAGAAGAGUGCCAGCACCGAGGCCACCCAUGAGAUCCACUACAUUCCCUCUGUUCUGCUCGGACCCCAGGGCCGUGACAGCUACCGGGGCUCUCGAAGCGCACACCAGCACGGAAGCUCUGUUAUUGGUAUGCCCAUCCGUGAGACCCCCAUUCUUGAUGAUUACGACUGUGAAGAGGAGGACCCAGGUGGACACUCCCUUAACUCCACGCCCAACCAGCUCCACACCAAGCUGAGUGAUGGGAAGGUCCAGGAGGACUAUGGAGUUAACAUCGGACACACAGACAUGAUGUGCAAGGAUAACGAGAUUAAGCAUACUUUUGAAAAACGAGCCAUUGACCCAAACACGGAGUCAGUAGAGGAUUUGAUGCAGAGGUUCCAGGACAGUUUCCGUGUUCCCAACACGCCGACAGACAUGUCUCACUACCAGCAUGUCAUGCACAGCUCAUCGACAGGCCGUCGGAGGGUCCCCAGCCACACCAGAGCAACUGGAGGCGUAUUUGGUCCUCAAGGAGAAUCAGGGUCAGAGCCUGAAGAUGACAGCCAAAUGAAGUUUUACACAGAGCAGCACAGAGGACGAAGGCGCAGCAAAGGCCACCCACACAGUCCUCUAAAUAAGGUCACCCUGACGUUGAUUACCAUCAGCACAUGUGUCAUUGCCAUUGUCUAUGCUACGCAGGAUUCCUGCCCUCUCACUGUCAAGGUUACCCUCCAUGUGCCUGAGCAUUUUGUUGCAGAUGGAAGUAGUUUUGUGGUGAGCAUGGGCAGCUUCUUGGAUGUUUCUAAUUGGCUAAACCCAGCCAAGGUAACCCUCUACUAUCAGACAAAUUCGUCCACGCAAUGGGUCCGGGACUACUGUGGCCAGAGGGCCACCGAGCCCUGUGAGCAGAUUUGUGAUCAGGACACAGGAGAAUGCAGCUGUCAUGAGGGUUAUUCCCCCGAUCCUGUCCAUAAACACCUCUGUGUUCGCAGCGACUGGGGUCGAAACGAAGGUCCUUGGCCAUACGCUAACUUGGAGAAAGGCUAUGACCUAGUUACAGGAGAGCAGGCUCCAGAGAGGAUCUUCAGAUCAUUCUACAGUCUGGGCCAAGGGUUGUGGCUGCCAGUCAGCAAGAGCUUUGUGGUGCCACCAGUGGAACUAUCAAUCAACCCCAUCGCCAGUUGUAAGACAGAUGUGUUGGUUACUGAAGACCCAGGGGAGGUCAGGGAAGAGGCCAUGAUGUCCACUUACUUUGAGACAGUGGAGGACCUACUGGCAUCUUUUGGGCCUGUCCGUGACUGCUCCAAAGAUAAUGGUGGCUGCAAGAAGAAUUUCAAGUGUGUGUCUGACAGACAGUUGGACUCAUCUGGCUGCAUGUGUCCUGAGGGGCUGAGGCCAAUGAAGGAUGGCUCAGGUUGCUAUGACUACUCCAGGGGCAUUGACUGCACGGAUGGCUUCAAUGGAGGCUGUGAACAGCUGUGUCUCCAGCAGCUCGUGCCCCUUGAAGAUGACCCCAGUUCCAGCAACGUGCUCAUGUUUUGCGGGUGUGUGCAGGAGUACAAACUGGCAGGGGAUGGACGCUCCUGCCUCCUGCAGUCAGACAACUGUGAAGGACCAAAAUGCCCAAGGCAGGAUGUCCACUUCAAUGACACCCUGUUUGGUGAGAUGCUGCAUGGAUACAACAACAAAACCCAGCAAGUCAACUUGGGACAGAUAUUCCAAAUGACCUUCCGGGACAACAACUUCAUUAAGGACUUUCCACAGUUAGCUGAUGGUCUCAUGGUCAUCCCCUUACCAGUAGAGGAACAAUGUCGAGGGGUGUUGUCUGAGCCCAUGCCCAACCUGCAGCUCCUCACAGAGGAUGCCCAAUUCAGUGAGGCAGUGGGCUAUCCUAUGGUUCAACAGUGGAGAGUGCGCAGCAAUCUGUACAAAGUCAAACUCAGCUCCAUCACCUUAUCUACAGGCUUUUCUAAGGUGCUGAAGACACUGUCAGCAGAGAGCACACGUGAAGAGCUGCUGGCUUUUCUUCAGCAAUACGGCAGCCACUAUGUGUCUGAGGCCCUGUACGGCUCCGAGCUUAGCUGCAGCAUCUACUUCCCCAGCAAGAAGGCCCAGCAGCAGCUCUGGCUGCAGUAUCAGAAAGAGGCAACAGACCAGGGGGUUGGCGGAGGUGGGCGGCGUGAGCUGAAGUCAGUUCCCUUCAUCACCUACCUGACGGCACUGCAGAAGAGCCAGCUGUUGUCUGACGACAUGGUGAACGGCGUGGAGAUCCGCUGUGAGGAAAAGGGCAGCUGUCCAGCUGGCUGCCACCUGUGCCAUCACCAGGCCAUGAUGGGAGGAGUGUCGGGGAGAGGCCGCACUGGUAACAGCAGGAGCGGAGAGCAGCCUUCCCCCAUCCCUGUGCUGCUGGAAGUCAGCCGCGUGGUGCCCCUCUACAGCCUGGUCCAAGACAACGUCACCAAAGAGGCCUUCAAGAGCGCCACAAUGAGCUUAUACUGGUGUGCUGGAAAGGGCGAUGUCAUUGAUAACUGGUGUCGCUGUGACCUGAGUGCCUUCAGCAAAGAUGGCCUGCCUAACUGCAGUCCCCUCAGGCAGCCAAUUUUGCGCCUAGCCCCUUACCUGGAGCCCUCAAGCACAAUGGUGGCCCUGGAGUGGAUGGAUGUGGAGCCUCUGAUUGGCUGCAAAGUUUCUGACUACAUCAUCCAGCAUAAACGAGUGGAGGAUCCUUCGGAGGCACAGGUCUACACAGGUGAGGUUCUGAGCUUGAUGGAUGAUCUGUUCUCUGGUUUGGGUUCAUCCUGUGUUGUUGCCGGGAGGAGGAGUGGAGACCAUCCUCACUCUGUGCUAUAUUCGGUGGUCUUCAAGUGCCUGGAACCCGACAGUCUCUACAAGUUUACUCUCUAUGCAGUGGAUAGCCGAGGCAGCCACUCUGAGUCAAGCUUUGUCUCAGUACGGACGUCUUGUCCAAUGGUGGAUGACAGCCGAGCUGAGGAGAUAGCAGACAAGGUGUACAACUUGUAUAAUGGUUACACCAGUGGCAAGGAGCAGCAGAUGGCCUACAACACACUGAUGGAGAUCCCCCCUCCACUGCUAUACAGAGUCCAGCACCACUACAAUUCCCACUAUGAGAAGUUUGGAGACUUUGUCUGGCGUAGUGAGGAUGAACUGGGCCCCAGAAAAGCCAACCUGAUACUACAUAGGGUGGAGAAGAUUAGCCACUACUGCCGGUCCCUCCUGCGCAGCACCCACAUCCAGAGCCGUACCGACACCAUGGCGUAUGUCUACUGCCGAAGCGAAGAGAGCCGACCUCCCAGUAACACAUGGCAUGGCUCUUUACAUGAAAGUCACACCACCUGCAUGGAAAAGCUCAUUUCUGUACAGCGUAACACAUACAGCAACACCAAACUCCGAUGAGACAGGAGUUUGGAGACAAGCGGUGCGCUUUUUUUCCCCUGUAAAAUGACAUCAACGAUUGCUGUACCUCGUCACCCACUCUGCAGCAGGUGUCUCUCAAGUGGAUUUUGAAAACCGGAGAGCCUAAAAAAACCUCAGAAUUCACUGGACAUUGUGUUAAAGCUACCGAAAAACAUAUUUUUGUGUGGCCUACUUUUAUUAUAAGACAGAACAUAAAAAAAAAAACACUGGAGCGAACAUAUUUCUCAACUGCAAAAUGGCAGUGAUGCACAUAUCAAUGAGAAACUGCAUUGUCAACAUGUAAAAUAUCAUUCAGCCAAGAGAAAAACUGCUUGGCUUAUAUACUUUGAAUGUAAUAUUGUAGUUCCUUUUCGGUGCUUUGAAGCUUACCUGGAACACUUAAAAGAGAAAAAAAUGAAAAAUCAAUAGCAUAACUUAUUUGCCUUUUAUUAUCUUCAUUUGAAAGGAGGAAUGGAAAUCUGUUACAGCCAUUUGAAAAUCACUUAAUUGUUUUUAAGUUCACAUUAAUUAAAAAAAUUAAGCUUUGCUUCAUUUAAAUAAGUAAGUGAGAAACUAUAUAGUUAGUCUUGUAUUGCAUUUGAUAGAUUCAAUUGAAAUAGCAAGGCUUUGUGUGGAAACAGGAUUGACAAAUAGGCUACGACCAGCCUGUUGAAAUUAUGCAAAGACAGAGUGGGUGGCAUACAAACAUCAUAUUCAUUCAUAAACAGAUUUCAGUGCUGAAAUCUAUGAAUAAUUUUGUCAUCUCUCGUUUUAAUACUACAGUACCCAAAAUAAAUACUACUCAACAAUUUUAAGGACAUUUAUUUUUCACACUAGAAAUGGACCUGCACACAGUGGAUUUUACACCCAAGAAAAAAGUUGCAAUGCUUUUGCCACACUGAAGUCUUUAAAGUAAAUGCUUUACAUAAUUUGUUGGGGUUUGGUAUGUGACUUAAUGCCACAACAGUAUUGAUAUUGGGGGAGAAAAAAUAAAUCAGAUGCUUUAGCUAGAUUUGAUGAUUUCUGCAAGAACAUGUAAUAUGCUUGUAAUCUAAUGAUAAUUAACAACUUGUCAGUGGAAUGUCAUCAUUUGACAAGUUCUUAUAAUUAAAAAUAUAUCUGCCGUAUAAUAUACAAGAUGAGCAGUAUUAGACAUGAUAUUACAGUGACAAUAUGCUAACAAUAUGGUGACACGAGUGAUUGAAAAUCAGACCAGAUCAGCUCAGUGCAUCUUUGAAUAAUCCUCACAGCAGAAUUUGAUAUUUGCUCAUAUUUAUGUGCACUCAUAGAAAAUGUGGCAGAAUAAUAGGGUAAUCAUUUUGAGGAACAUUUUCAGGUGCCCGGACAGUUUGUGUUGAACCAACUGUAAACAUAUGAUGUACUGUCCACUGAAUUGUGAAGAAUCCGUGAUUUUAGGGAUCCCCUGUGGUCCUUUUAAUCCUAUUAUUUUUCAGUCCAAUGUCAUAUCUUUAAAGCCAUGGAUAUUGUUUUAAUGAAGAUAAACAAUGCCUUUUUUCAAUACUUUCAUCUCAUGUUAUAUGAAUUGUAAUAAUAAAUUAUUAUAUUGUAAAUUUUAAAUUGUAAAAAAAGACAUGUAUUAUUAUGUGGCUUUGAUUGUCUUUUUCUCAAGGAUGUGAAAUAUUAAAAAUGUAUAUAAAAUCAGAA